AUGAAAGAAAUAAGUGCACUUGUCGUGGAUGAUACCAUGACUAACCGUAAGAUUACUCAAGCACAAUUGAAGAAAAUUGGAGUGAAAAGUCAAGCUGUGACAAAUGGGAGUGAAGCUGUAGAACUUCAUUGCAAUGGUCAACAUUUUGACUUAAUUAUAAUGGAUAGGGAUAUGCCUAUUAUGAAUGGAGUUGAGGCAACCAAGCAGCUUCGUUCAAUGGGAGUUGGAAGCUUGAUUCUUGGUUUGUCAUCACGCUCUGGGCAGAAGGAAAUUAAGGAAUUCAUGGAUGCAGGGGCGAAUCACUAUGAAGUGAAACCUUUGUCAAUUGAAAAGCUCAGUGCAAUAGUUGAUGUGAUGAGGUGA